AUGAAAAUUAGAGGGUUUUCGCGAAGAGGUAUCGAGGCUAUCUUUGAAAUGCUGAGGAAUAUACUGCACGCGGGACAAUUAGACAAGCGAGUCCAGUAUAUGAUAGAAGUUAUAUUCCAGAUCAGGAAAGAUGGAUUUAAAGAUCACGAGGCCGUGCCAGAGGAACUGGAUCUUGUGGAGGAGGAAAAUCAAAUAACACAUUUGAUAAAAUUAGACGACGAAAUAAACGCGCAAGAUAUAUUAAACGUGUUCAAGUUCGACACUAUCUUGCCACCGAAGAGAAAUAUAAACAACUGUGUAAAGAAAUUCUUGGCUCGGACGUCGAUGACUCGGAAGGCGACGAUGAGGAUGGAGAAGAGGAGAGCUCGGACGAGGAAAGUGGCAUGGAACAAACCGAGGAAAAGGAAGGAGUGA